AUGGUUCUGACGGAGUUGCUGAGGCUAAAGGAAUCCAAAUCACCAGGUCCCGAUGAGAUUCCGGCGAAGAUUUUAAAGGAACUCGCCGGUGAGUUGUCUAAGCCACUCUCCAUGCUUUUCCAUACAUACUUCGAGACCGGAUAUCUGCCACCCGACUGGAAGUCGGCGUGGAUUACGCCGCUGUACAAGGGCGGAAGUCGGGUCUCUGCGAACAAUUACAGACCGGUCAGCCUCACCUCCAUUUGCUGUAAGAUUAUGGAGAAGAUAAUAAAGCAACAACUAAUGCAGUUCCUUGAACAAAACCAUUUGCUUUCCGAUUCUCAGCAUGGAUUCCGAAAAGGCAGAUCCUGUGUGACAAACCUGCUCUACUGUCUGGAACACUGGACUAGGGCUGUUGAUAGAGGAGAUAUGGUGCAUGCCAUCUAUAUCGACUUUAAAAAGGCCUUCGAUAGUGUGCCUCACCACCGCCUUCUAUACAAACUUAGCCGUGCAGGAGUGCGGGGUAGGCUUCUGAUGUGGAUUCGGAGCUUAUUAAUCGGCCGCUCUCAAGCCGUCCACGUCGGUGACCAACAAUCUGCCGAGGCUGCCGUUAAGAGUGGUGUUCCCCAAGGCUCUGUUCUUGGCCCUUCACUGUUCCUCGUAUACGUCAACAACUGCGCAAACGAACCGGAUUGCAAUUUCGCAAUGUUUGCCGAUGACAUAAAGAUCUGGAGUACCAUACGAAGCGAAGUUGACGAGGCGCGACUGCAGACAAGUCUGGACCACCUCGAGCAAUGGUCGAAAGACUGGCUUCUACCGUUCAACGUAAACAAGUGUACUUUCCUACGCGUCGGCAGAACCAGUUCUCCUAACCACACGGUCUACCGCCUGACUGGCAAACCACUGCAAGAAGUCGACGCCCAGAAGGACUUGGGUGUUUGGAUCACAACCUCGCCUAAGCCUUCGCUGCAAUGUUCAAAGGUGGCCAAGUCGGCGAUGUCCAUGCUAUACCUUGUCAAACGGGCGUUCUCCUCCUUUGAUGAAGGCUGCUUCGCCAAGGUCUUUCAAACUUUUGUGCGACCGCAUCUGUAG